UAAAAUAUAUAAAACCGUAAUUUUUUUCAAGCGGAACCUCACAAAAAAAUCUAUGUCGUCCAAUGAAUGGAAGAAGUCUUCUCUUUCUCGUACAAUAUAGGGCCUCCUUUCAUAUUCUAAAAACUCUACUAUUUCCGCAUCAUCAUCAUCAUCGAACAUAGCAUCAAUAUCACCCAACAUAUUUCAAAGUUUUCACUUGAUUUUCAAACAAUAAUUCUUUACAAAAACCUUGUUUUUGCUUACGUUUUGACACAGACUUUUUGAGGUUAAAAUGACAAGAAUGACAUAUCAAAACAAGAAGAAGUCUGCAAUCUGCGCAUGCUUCAGAUCCUAACUGCUAGUUAUCGCUCGUAACUGGAACAUCCAAGUUGCGGUCAGGUUUCACACGGGUUUAACUGUUGGUUAAUAUUUAACUGCCGGUGGAUAAACAUUUUGACCGUCAGAUUAUUUUUAACUACUAGUUGAUUUAUUUAACCAUGCAUUGAUAAACCGGCCCUGAGUUGGGUAAAUACCACAAUUUUGCGGUGAUAACUAUGACAUAUAACAGCUGAUUCGUGACGUCACGGAUCUUAUAACCAAACUGAUAACUACACUCGCUUGAACGGAUUGGUAAAUACCAACCCAAAAUGGUAAAUACCAUUUCGAUUUGGUUAUCCGCUUGAAUUUGAUUCAUGUUUUCUCAUAAUUACGUGAUAUAUUACCAUUACCUAAAAAUAGAAGGGUUUAUCUCUGCCUAAAAAUGACUGCUAAACCAACCAAAAGAUUGAUGUUUUCCGAGGCACAUUGCCACAGUUUGGUAGAUAUCGUUCUGAGAUACAAAAAUAUUGUUGAGUGCAAGAGGACAGACGCCGUAACGUGGAAACAAAAGGCAGCAGCUUGGGAGAAAAUUGCUGAGCUAUACAACUCUGCCACAACCGAACCACGAACAGCUGAUCAACUCGGGUGUAAAUUUGAUAAUUUGAAAAAAGAAGUACGCAAGUAUGAAGCUCACAGGAGGCAAAAUUUGUUGAGGACUGGUGGUGAUGCUGAUGAGAGAAAUCUGAAGAAAGCCGUGAUUAUGCUUUACGAGAAAAUUAAAAGUAUUAUUGGCUUAUCAGUGCAUGGAUUGCAGCCAUCUGUGGGUGACAGCGAUGAUGCUUCAUUUGAAAAUAAAGAAGAAGUGGCAUCUGUUUGUAUGGACGAGUCAAAUAAAAAUACAGAAAAUGUACACGAAGAGGAUGUUGAUCUUGCAUCAAUGUCUAUAGUGUUAAAUGAAGAUUCUGAAAGCAACACAGAAGCUUUAGAACAGACAUGUGAGUUACAAACACCGUCUGUACCAGUACCACAGCAAUCCCCUCUGGCAGUUGAAGUGAUACAUGGUAGGUGCUUACUAUAUACUCAGAGCAAUGUAGUGUAUAUAUGUAUUUAUUUUAGAUUGGUCUGAUUACACACCAAGACACUUACAAUCAAGGAAACACAGAGUCCUUCAAGGAAAAAGAAAAAGGAGUGAAGAACAGUCAUCAAAAGAGGGCCUAACAUCUCUAAAAAGGAAGUUGUUAGACGAAGAAGCUGCAAGAAACAAAGAACACCAUGAACAAAAAAUGAAAAAUGAGCAGGAACUACACGAGUUGAAAGCUAAAAACUUGCAGCUCCAAAAUAAAAAAUUAGAAUAUGAAAUUUUACUCUUGCAGAAACAAA